UUAAAUUAUGAUUUUUUCCAUAAAUUAAAAAAAGAAACCUUUAAAUAUCUGCAUAAUUAAAAGAAUUUAUGUUAUUUUUAAAUUUACUCUUCAACAAACAACAUCAAUAUGGAUUUUUUUGCUGAUGGUGGUUUUCAGCAAUUAUUUUGUGAUUUAAAUGAGCAAGUGGAACAAGACUAUAACUCCUGGUUUUACUCAACAAAUGAAAACCUCAACUCAUCUAAAGAAGAACCACAAAUGGCUUAUAACAUAAGCAGCAAUCAUCAUUAUUCUUCUCAAGAAAAUAGCAACUAUUCCUCUCAUGAAAUGGCUUUAAAUGAAAAACAUUUACAGGCCAGUUUGGACUAUUUGCUUAAUAACUCCUCAGAAUGUUUGGAGUUUUAUGAUAUCUCCUCUUUAACUGGUCUCUCUAAAGAUUUAGCUGAGUGGGAAGAAAAGUUUCUGGAUAAUUAUAUAGAAAUUCCUGAGCUAGUGGAUUUUUUGCCUGAGAAAACACCCUUAUGCACCGACAACUGUAAUCAUUUCCUACAAGAAAGUGCUGAAAAUCUUAAACUUUUACCCACUCCUCCCAAUUCUCCUGCUAGUGCGGAUAAAACCUAUAGCUGUACCUUUGCUGACUGCUGUAAAGUUUAUGCCAAACCUGCCCAUUUAAAGGCUCAUCUACGGCGUCAUUUAGGUGAGAAACCUUACAUUUGUAAUUGGCCCAAUUGUACCUGGAGAUUUUCUCGUUCUGAUGAAUUGGCACGCCAUCGUCGUUCGCAUUCGGGUGUUAAACCUUAUAAGUGUGAUUUUUGUGCUAAAUGUUUUGCUCGUUCUGAUCAUUUAACCAAGCAUCGUAAGGUCCACGAAAGACGUUUGCUAGCUGCCACUAAAGCUGGCAAAACUUUGGAGAAUGGUAAAUUGCCUGCUUCAGUUUUAACUGUAAGACCCGGUCGAAAGAGGAAAAAUCAAUUGUAGUUUUUUAAGGCUUAGUAAGCAAAUUUUAGGAAAAUUUAGUUUUAAAUUUAGUUUUAAGUCAAAAAAAAAAAAAAUGUAAAUAGAUUUUAGAA